CUUAGUUAAAACGGCGAUCUCCGGAGCGCUAGUGUACUGCGAAAAACAAAGCGCACAACCGGCACAAGGCACAUCUCCUCACCUUGUAUCUCUUUCUCUUCUCACUUCUCGGCGCGAACCCGGCAAACGUAAAUUGUAAUGAUAAAAGAUAAAAGUGGUUUUCAGUGUUCAACUAUCAACUUCGUCAAUUCAUGCAACAGUUUGUUACUUUUUUAAACGAAGAGAUCGUGUAUUGCAAUUUGAAUAAUAAUGUCGCGAAAAAGAAAAGACAGUUGUGAUGAAACCCCCUUAAAUAGCUAUAUCGACACGUGCGUUAACAAUAUGCAUUUAUUUGAUAGUUUUUCUAAAAAGAAAUCCGGACAAGGCAUUCUUGGAACUUCCAGUGAUCAUGUUACCUCGAACCAAUUUCAAAAUAAUAUAUCCUGUAAGAUCGAAAGUGAUGUUUAUCCGUCUGAUCAAGAAAACAACGAGCCUUACGAAAUUCAAAGCGAUACCGAAGACGAAGAGCAAUGUACGAAAAAUGAAGACCUAUGCUUCGCAUGCGGAUAUAUCUCAGCGUACGAAUUUUUCAGUUUCCCGAUUGAUAUUGAUAUUCGAAAGCAGUGGGCGAAGUUUUGUGAUAUUAGUUUAGAUAAAAUAAAACCACAUUUUCGCCUUUGUGAUGUGCAUUUCAAACCUGAAGACUACCAAAUCUCGACGAAACGUAGAGUAUUGAAGCCGACUGGUAUCCCAACGUUACGACCAAAGCCAACAUUGAGUAAAAAUGCAUCGCAAAAUACCACGUGCAGCUCGGACUUUCGAAGAAACACUACCACCGCCGAUGCUCGUAAUAAACGAUCGUGCAGGAAUUUUAAAGAUAUUACGAAUAAUCAGAACACCAUUCCUCCUAAUGCAGCGAAAUCGACAUCGAAGAAAACCGCGAAACUUGGAAAGUUUCAAAUAUUAGAGAAAAAUUUACGAACCGAUAUCUUCAGAUUAAAAAUACGAUGUUCUAGUCUCGAAGAUACUGUUGCUAACAUUAAAAAUGAAAUCAAGCAACAGGUUGAAGAGUGCUUCGUUACACGAGCAAAUACUGCCGGAAAUGUUGCGAAAGAUAUUCAAAACUUGACUUCAUCGAUUAACGCUUCCACUGAAAAUUCGAGGAACGAUCUUUGUAAUAAAGAAGCACGAACUGAUCAACGUUCUGUGAAAGAUACGCUCGUAGGAUCUGCCGAACAGGUUACCGAAGAUGGUUACACUUCAGAUUCGAGUAUGCCUUCCUUAGAAAUAUCGAUCGACGAUCCUCAGAAAGUAGAAGUAAAACCUGAACUAUUUACCGAAGAAGUUAUGCUCGAUGAACCUACCGAAAAGAUUGCCGAAGAUAAUCACUCUGUAAAUUCGACCGUUUCUCCCCGAGAAAUAUCUACCGACCGUCUUCAAAAUGCGAAGGCAAUCCUUAAACCAUUUUCCAUAAAAGUAACGAACGCAGAAACUUCCAGAAGUGUAACUGAAAAUAAUCGCUACCCUUUGACUACGUCUUCAGAAAAUUCGAAUAGUAGUCCUGGCAGUACAGAGGAUCCACCUGCGCAACAUUUCGAAAAAGUAACGCCUCCGGAACCGGAAAAUUCUGACGAAGAUAGUCAAUCUCCAAAUUCUACCAUUCCUUCCUCAGAAAAGUCGUUUGAGAGUCGUCGUAACGCAGAGGCGCGAGCAGGAUGCUCAAAAAAUCAAGAAAACUCCGGUCAAGGUCGUAUUACUCGAUCUGCAAAACAGAAAAAACAUCUCCCAAGCGUAAAAAAGCCAACGCGAAACUCCAGCAAUGUUUCAAACAAGGCACAGGUACAGAUGCAGAAUCCAUUGCCUUACUGCUGCGAUGUUUGUGGUACGAAGUUUUCCUAUGAAGGUGAUUGGACAAGACAUGAACGAGAACAUUCGAAGCCGUUUCAUUGCCAAGUCUGUGACAAACAAUUUGCUGAUAAAGGCCGUUGUAUUGCGCAUAGAUUGACACAUCGUCAAAAGAAACUCUACAAAUGCAGCACUUGUGACGCACGAUUCAAGUACAAUCACACUAAAUUGGAGCACGAACGGGUACAUACGGAAGGAGCUCGUUUCGAAUGUGCUGAUUGCGGAAAAAAGUUUCCCUAUAAACAUAAUCUCAUUAGACACCUGAAUGUACAUUCCGGUGCGAGUCAGUUUACAUGCCAAACGUGUAGCAAACGUUUCAUUCGGAAAGACCAUCUUACUAGGCACCAACGGACGCAUAGUGAAGAGAAAUCCUUCAAAUGCAGCAUUUGUGACGCGCGAUUCAAGCACAACUACAGUAAAUUGGAGCACGAACGAAGGCAUGUGGAAGGAGCAGGUUUUGAGUGCGACGAUUGCGGAAAAACAUUUUUCGAUAAAUAUCAUCUCAUUAGACACCUGAGAGUACAUUCCGGUGUGAGACCGUUUUCAUGCCAAACGUGUAACAAACGUUUCACUCGGAAAUACCAUCUUACUAGGCACCAACGGACGCAUACGAAACCCUACAAAUGCAGCAUUAGUGACGCACGAUUCAACCACAGUGACAGUAAAUUGAAGCACGAACGCGUGCAUGUGAAAAGGCCUGGUUUUGAGUGCGACAAUUGCGGGAAAAUAUUUUCCAAAAAAUAUCAUCUCAUUACGCACCUGAGAGUGCAUUCCGGUGAGAAACCGUUUUCUUGCCAAACGUGCGGCAAAAGAUUUUCCCAAAAAAGCACUGUUACUGAGCACCAACGGACGCAUACUGGAGAGAAACCCUUCAAAUGCCGCGUAUGCAGCAAACAAUUUAGUCUCCAGAGGUAUAAGGCAAGGCACGAACGUAUCCAAUUGGAGGGCCCUCGUUUUGAAUGUGCCCAUUGCGGCAACAAAUUCCGCUGGAAGAUCACCCUAGCCAAUCACAUAUUAUCGUCUAAAUGUACUUGAAUAUCAAUAAUUGAGUACCUACCUACCUCUAUAAAUUUGUAAAGAUUCGAGUUUGUUUUUAUUUGGUUUGUUUUGUUUUUUUAAAUGUGAAAAAAACUAGACUUGAUACUUGAUGGAUUUUUUAAAUUAAGUUUGUUCUUAGAGAUUGGCGCUGAUUAAAUGCCUAAUUAACCGAUCCGACUUGCAUGUGCUUCUAUGUACUUAUACGGGAAGAAAUACAUGAUGGUAUUUUA